CACCCUCACAUUAGCAUAUUUCGCGUCUCGAGAAACUAGAGACAUCGUGAAGCUUAUUCACUGUAAGAGAAAAUAAAGCUGUUACCAAGUAAAAGAUUCGAGUGACUCAGUGAGUUGUGAGUUACAAGAUGGCGACAAGUGAGGCAUCUGUAACUCGGAUAAUGGUGGCUGUGAACGAGUCUACCAUCAGAGGCUACCCUCACGCUUCGAUAAGUAGCAGAGGAGCUUUCGAGUGGACCCUUCAGAAGAUCGUUCAAUCGAACGCUUCCGGUUUCAAGCUUCUCUUCCUUCACGUUCAAGUUCCCGACGAAGAUGGUUUCAAUGACAUGGACAGUAUAUAUGCCUCUCCUGACGAUUUUAAGAGCAUGAAGAACAGAGACAGGGCUAGAGGGCUUCAUCUGCUUGAAUUCUUUGUAACUAGGUGCCAUGAAAUAGGGGUUGCUUGUGAAUCAUGGAUCAAGAAAGGUGAUCCGAAGGAAGUUAUCUGCCAUGAGGUGAAGAGGAUCCAACCAGAUCUUCUUGUUCUGGGUAGCAGAGGACUCGGUCCUUUCCAAAGGGUUUUUGUAGGAACGGUGAGCGAGUUCUGCGUGAAGCAUGCUGAGUGCCCUGUUGUAACAAUCAAGCGUAGAUCAGAUGAAACUCCUCAGGACCCAGUCGAUGACUGAAUCUAUUUCAGCACCCCCUCCAUUUGUUGAUUUGAACAUUCUGUUAAUAGACUUGAUACUUGAGCUGUUGCUAUUCGAUAUGUUGGUACGAUAAG